UCCGGUCCCCGUGCGGAAGGCGGAAGCGCCGUUUGUGUGUGGAGGGUCACGUGGGCGGCCCGCGCCGUGCUGACUGGGGAGUUCCGCCGCGCUGUGGCCGUUGUCAUGGAGAGUAAAAGCCCCGGCUGUGUCACACCUAAGAAGUCGGGUUUAACGGGCAGCGCCAGGAAGGUCAAAGACAAUGCCGCAGACUGGCACAACUUCAUGCUGAAGUGGGAGAACCUUAAUGACAGCGCAUUUGGCGCGGCGAGCAAGAUCGUCAACUUAAGAAUAAGCAACCUAUCGUAUGAGAAGAUGUUGGUAGACGAUCCUUCACCUGCUAAUGAGAAUGCGAAGGAUAAAGAGGAGCUAGAAAGGAUGUGCUCGGAACUGGUGGACAUAUUGGAAAGCAUGCAACAAAUACAAAUGAAGAUGGAAAAACUGACGCUGACGUUUAAAGGAGUGUGCGAUCUGGAGGCUUUUCAGUGCCGCGGUGAAGCGCCUUGUCCUGUCCUGUUCCAUACCUGGCCUACUUCUCUUUUCUAUGAAACCUCCCAGAAAAUGUCAGACAUGUUCAAGAAGGAAAUGGCACUUAAGCGCACAAUCGUCAGUGAAAUGGCGCACACUCCCGACCAGGACCUGCUCAUGGUGUAUCUGUCUUGUUGGCUGUAUCAACCCUAUGUAGACAACAGUAUCAAAGUCCUGCUGGAAAGCAUGCUGAUGGAAACGGGCCACAGGACCAUUUAACAGACUGCCCAAGAAGAAUUUGCUGAAAACUGUUAACCGCUUCAGCCCCGGACCAUUUGGCUGGCCAAAGACCGGGCCACUUUUUGCGAUUCAGCACUGCGUCGCUUUA